AUGUCGAUUGACUUCCCUAAGGAGGAGGAGCUUACCCUCAAGCGAUGGAGGGAGAUUGACGCCUUCCAGAGGCAAGUCGAGCUCUCUCGUGGCCGCAAACCGUACACUUUCUACGAUGGUCCUCCGUUCGCAACAGGUCUUCCUCACUAUGGCCAUCUGCUGGCAUCCACUAUUAAAGAUAUUAUUCCCAGAUAUUGGUCUAUGAAGGGCCACUAUGUCGAGAGACGAUUCGGCUGGGAUACUCACGGUGUACCUAUCGAAUAUGAAAUCGACAAAAAGUUAGGCAUGUCGGGCUUAGAGGCUGUCGAGAAGCUUGGAAUUGAAAAGUACAACGAGGAGUGCCGAGCCAUUGUUAUGAGAUACGCAUCUGAAUGGAGAGAGACUAUUGAGAGACUUGGCAGGUGGAUCGAUUUUGACAAUGACUACAAGGUAGAAUCCCAACCAAUGUCCUAUUUUUACUUUUGCAAGGAGAGGGGAAAACGCCCUCUCACCAUGAACACAUCCUUCAUGGAGUCCGUAUGGUGGGUUUUCAAGCAACUCUUCGAUAAGGACCUAGUAUACAGAGGCUACCGCGUUAUGCCUUACUCCACUGCUCUCAACACCCCCCUUAGUAACUUCGAAGCUCAACAAAACUACAAAGACGUUCAAGAUCCUGCCGUUGUGGUAUCGUUCCCUCUGGUGGAAGAUCCUGAGACCUGCCUGCUUGCGUGGACCACCACCCCUUGGACCCUGCCGAUGAACACUGGCCUUGCAGUUAACCCUACUUUUGAAUACAUCAAGAUUCUUGAUGAAGCCUCGGGCAAGCACUACAUUCUUCUUGAAUCCUUGCUUCGGACGCUCUAUAAAGAUCCCAAGAAGGCCAAAUUCAAGAUUGUCGAUCGAUUUAAGGGUUCGGCCAUGAAAGACUGGAAGUAUACGCCUCUGUUCGAUUACUUCUAUGAAGAAUUUAAAGACCACGGCUUCCGCGUGUUGAACGCCGAAUAUGUUACGGCCGACGAUGGUACCGGUGUUGUUCACCAGGCCCCUGCCUUUGGUGAGGACGAUUACAGGGUUGGUAUGGAAAGUGGCGUUAUUAGCGAAACGCGCUUGCCACCUAACCCUGUCGACGAGACGGGAUGCUAUACAGCUGAGAUUCGCGACUUUGUGGGUCAACAUGUCAAAGCUGCCGACAAGCCUAUCAUCAAGCAUCUUAAGGGAAUUGGCCGCUUAAUUGUUGAUAGCCAGAUCACUCACAGUUACCCAUUCUGCUGGCGUUCUGACACUCCUCUGAUCUAUAGAGCCGUGCCAGCCUGGUUUGUCAAGAUUCCCUGUAUAAUUCCUCAGAUGCUCGAGGGCAUCGAGGGCUCCCACUGGGUGCCCUCAUUUGUGAAGGAAAAGCGGUUCUCCAGUUGGAUUCAGAAUGCCCGAGACUGGAACAUUUCUAGAAACCGAUUCUGGGGUACUCCUUUGCCCUUGUGGGUCAGCGACGACUUCAAAGAAAUUGUCGCUGUGGGCAGCGCCGAAGAGCUCAAGGAACUCAGUGGAUACCAGGGCGAACUUACUGAUCUCCACCGCGAUAAAGUGGACAAGAUCACUAUUCCCAGCAAGCAAGGCAAGGGUGUUCUGCGCCGUGUGAGCGAAGUGUUUGACUGUUGGUUCGAAUCAGGCAGCAUGCCGUACGCUUCUCAGCACUACCCAUUUGAGAAUAAGGAACAGUUUGAGAAGAGCUUCCCUGGCGAUUUCAUUGCCGAAGGACUGGAUCAGACUCGUGGCUGGUUCUAUACUCUGACUGUUUUGGGUACCCAUCUGUUUGGCAAAUUGCCUUUCAAGAACUGUGUCGUUAACGGUAUCGUUCUUGCUGAAGACGGAAAGAAGAUGUCUAAGAGAUUGAAGAAUUACCCAGAUCCUUCUCUUAUCAUGAACAGAUACGGUUCUGACGCUCUCCGUCUGUAUCUGAUUAACUCCCCCGUUGUACGCGCGGAGCCACUCAGAUUCAAGGAAGCCGGCGUCAAGGAGAUUGUUGCUAAGGUGCUUCUUCCUCUUUGGAACAGUUACAAAUUCUUCGAGGGCCAGGUGGCUCUUCUCAAGAAGUCCCAGGGUGUUGACUACGUCUUUGAUCCUAAAGCAGAAGCCACCAACACCAAUGUCAUGGACCGCUGGAUCCUGGCAAGCUGCCAGAGUCUUCUCAAGUUUGUGAAUGAGGAGAUGGCAGGAUACCGUUUGUACACAGUUGUUCCCCGGCUACUCGGACUGAUUGACAACACUACCAACUGGUAUAUCAGAUUCAACCGGAGACGUUUGAAGGGCGAAAACGGCGUUGAUGACACUUUACACGCCCUCAACACCCUCUUUGAGGUCCUCUAUACAUUGGUCAGAGGACUUGCUCCUUUCACACCAUUCCUUACCGAUACCAUCUAUCAGAAGCUCCUUCCCCACAUCCCAGAGGCUCUCCGUAGUGAAGAUAGCCGCAGCGUCCACUUCCUUGCCUUCCCUGAGGUGCGUGAGGAGUUGUUUGAUGAAGUGGUUGAGAGGCGUGUAUCUCGGAUGCAAAAGGUUAUCGAAAUGGCCCGUGUAUCUCGUGAGCGCCGCACUCUUGGAUUGAAGACUCCUCUGAAGACGCUUGUCGUUAUCCACCAAGACCCGCAAUUCCUCGAGGAUGUGAAGUCUUUGCAAAGCUACAUUCUCGAGGAACUAAACGUUAUCGAGCUCAUCCUGUCAUCUGACGAGGAGAAAUACAAUGUCCAGUAUAGCGUUACUGCUGAUUGGCCGACCCUCGGAAAGAAGCUGAAGAAGGAUGCCCAAAAGGUCAAGAAGUCUUUGCCUUCGCUCACCAGCAAUGAUGUGAAGAAGUUUGUCUCAGACAAGAAAAUACUUGUUGAUGGUAUUGAGCUUGUUGAAGGCGACCUUAUCGUAAGACGGGGUGUCAAGGAAGACGCAUCAUCCGAGGGUAUGGAGCCCAACGCCGAUGACGAUGUGUUGACCAUCUUGGAUGCGAACCUGUACCCGGAGCUGGCGCACCAAGGACUGGGCCGGGAAAUCAUUAACCGUCUGCAGCGUCUUCGUAAGAAGGCCGGCUUAGUCCCCACUGACGAUGUCAAGAUGGAAUACGCAAUUCUUUCGGAUCCUGAAAAUGUCGGUCUGGGUGAAGCCUUCCAGACGCAGGCCCAGGCCAUUGAGAAGGUUGUACGCAGACCGCUCGAAAGGUUUGAGCUUGUUGAUGGCAAGGUCCCUAGUGGUGAUGAGGAACGCAUGAUCAUGGAGGAGGAACAAGAAGUCCAGAAAGCGACUUUUAUGCUCAGGUUGCUCAAACUCUAG